CACCUCCUGGGGAGCGACUCCUCGGGCGGCGUCUCGGACGACGGCCAGCGGGUCUUGGAGUUCAUACGACAACAAGGCGACCCUGCGGCUGCCUCCGCCAGGCGGGCGUGUGCCCCCCAGAGGGGGCGCUCGGCUGGAAGGAGGGCGGCCUCAGGAUCGAGGCUGUCUCUGGCUUCGUGGGCCUGUCUCAAGGUUCGCACGUCUUCACAUACAACAUGCGCUUUACGAACACUGGGAGCCAACGUCUGCGGGUGUUGGGCCGGCAGUAUGACUUCCGGGAAGACUCUGGCGACCUGACCACGCAGAUCAAGAUGGAGACGCCCGAGGCCGCCGGGGUGGUGGGCUUCACGCCGCUCCUGGAGCCCGGGGCGUCGUUCGAGUUUGGCAGCGGCGUCCAGCUCAAGACGCGGCUCGGCUGCGUCACCGGCAGCAGACACCAGCGGAGAGAGCAGCAGGACGCGCGCGCCAUCCGGAUGGCCGACAUGCUGUUGGUGUGGCUUCCUCCCCGCGAGCUCCUGGAACGGGUCCCGCCUGCAGCGGCGCGCGCGGCCCUCAACCGCUUCGAACACCGCGAGCGGGCGACCGUGGCAGACGCCCUGGAGUUUGCCAGGCGGUUUGAGAUUGCGCUGCCAGCAGGGCAGGGGCCCGCGCGCAGCCCGACCCGAUGCCAAGUGCGGAAGCAACCACCCCGCUGCCCGGUGCGGAAGCUGUGGUUGGAGCUCGAACAGCACCAGCAGCCCGCGGUCCGCGCCGAUCCGAUGCCCAAUGCCGACGGCAUGGCGCACUGCUUCCAUGCUGUUGAGAGCGCGCGCGCCUGGACGGGCGUCUAG